GAGAAGUGGCAGCGGUGCAGGAGGGGGUCGGGUGCAGGGGAGAGACGGAUAGAUGUGCAGGUAGGGAGGGUCGGCAGUGAAUGGAGAGGUCGGCUGCGGUACACAAGCAGCUGCUACACACCCAGAGGUACUGCAGAUCAUUGCAUGACUGAACUUAUCUAGGCAGGAGAUAACCCUAACUACUUUCAAGAUCCACCUUUUGUGUCUGGACUCAGCACAGAAAUGGCUCGGAUAAGUGUCCUCGUCUUGACUGCCUGUCAGCUGUUGCUUGGACUUCUUACCAGCUCAUUAACUGACUCCUCAGCUCCAGCUAAUGAGUGCCCCCAGCUUUGUGUUUGUGAGAUCCGUCCAUGGUUUACGCCUCAGUCUACAUACCGUGAAGCCACAACAGUGGAUUGCAAUGACCUACGUUUGACAAAGAUCCCGGCAAAUCUCUCUUUGGAUACACAGGUGCUUCUCUUACAAAGCAAUAACAUUGGUAAGACCAACGGAGAACUGCAAAGACUGGUCAAUCUGACAGAACUGGACUUGUCCCAGAAUAACUUCACCUCCAUCCAUGACGUGGGCUUGUCUAAUCUUAGCCAGCUUACUACUUUGCAUUUGGAGGAGAAUCAGAUUUUUGAGAUGACUGAUUAUUGUCUACAGGACUUGACUAACCUGCAGGAACUCUACAUUAAUCACAACCAGCUUAAUUCCAUCUCUCCUAGUGCCUUCUCUGGGCUGCGUAAUCUACUCAGGCUGCACCUAAACUCUAAUAAGCUACGUAUAAUCGACAGCCGCUGGUUUGAAUCAACCCCCAACCUUGAAAUUUUGAUGAUUGGAGAGAAUCCAGUAAUUGGGAUCCUAGACUUAAACUUCCAACCACUUGUUAACUUAAGAAGCUUGGUGCUCGCGGGAAUGUACCUAAGUGACAUCCCAGGAAAUGCAUUGCUGGGUUUGGAUAACCUGGAGAGUCUUUCAUUCUAUGAUAACAAACUUGGCAAAGUUCCCCAGCUUGCUCUGCAGAAAGUACCCAAUCUAAAAUUCUUGGACCUCAAUAAGAACCCUAUUCGCAAGAUCCAGGAAGGUGACUUUAAGAACAUGCUGAAAUUAAAAGAACUUGGUAUCAAUAAUAUGGCAGAGUUGGUGUCUGUAGAUCGCAAUGCGAUGGAAAAUCUCCCUGAACUGACCAAAUUGGAAGCUACAAAUAACCCCAAGCUCUCUUACAUCCACCGAUCGGCUUUUAGGAAUGUGCCUACCCUUGAAAGCCUAAUGCUUAAUAAUAAUGCAUUGAACUCAGUGUAUCGUGGGACUGUUGAAUCCCUCCCGAACCUGCGUGAGAUCAGUAUUCACAGCAAUCCACUGAGAUGUGAUUGUGUCCUGCAUUGGAUGGGUUCUAACCAAACCAGCAUCCGUUUCAUGGAGCCUCUGUCUAUGUUCUGUGCUUUACCCCCUGAGUACCGUGGGCAACCUGUAAAGGAAGCAUUGGCUCAAGACCCUGCAGGAGAGCAGUGUCUGCCCAUGAUCUCCCAAGAUACAUUUCCCAGUCACCUCAGCCUGGACAUAGGGAUGACCAUCUCACUAGAUUGCAGGGCAACAGCAGAGCCUGAACCAGAAAUAUACUGGGUAACUCCUUUGGGGCAUAAAGUGACUUUGGAAACUCUUUCUGACAAGUACCACUUAAGUGGAGAGGGCAGUUUGCAGAUUUUUAAUGUGCAGGUGGAGGAUUCUGGACGUUACACGUGUGUGGCGCAGAAUUCAGAAGGAGCAGAUACAAAGGUAGCCACCCUGAGAGUAAAUGGAACCUUGUUAGAUGGCACACAAGCUCUUAGACUCUAUGUUCAACAAGCAGAAUCCAGUUCAGUCUUGGUAUCAUGGAAAGUUAGUUCAAGUGUUUUGGCUUCUAACCUUAAGUGGUCUUCAGCCACUAUGAAGAUUGAUAACCCCCAUAUCACUUAUACAGCACGUGUGCCAGCGGAUGUCCACGAGUAUAAUCUCACCCAUCUCCAGCCAGCCACUGAAUAUGAAGUGUGCCUGACGGUGUCGGGGCUACACCAACAAGCUCAGCGUGCCUGCAUCAAUGUCACCACUAAAGGCACGUCCUACUCGUUGACUGUUACUGAUCAGGAGACCAGUGCUGCCCUGGCUGCCGUCAUGGGUUCCCUAUUCGCCCUAAUAAGUUUUGCCUCUGUUUCUGUUUAUGCCGCCAAGAGGUUCCAGAGAAAGAAUUAUCGCCACUCGUUGAAGAAGUAUAUGCAAAAGACCUCAUCCAUUCCACUCAACGAGCUUUAUCCUCCUCUCAUAAGCCUGUGGGAGGGAGACAGCGAAAAAGAAAAAGAGGGGACAGCAGAAUCGAAAGCUUCCCAGGUGGACACAUCCCGGAGCUAUUACAUGUGGUAACUCACACAUUAGAGACCUAACAACAGAGCACAAACACUGAUGGACACCUCUCAGAAAAACUUGCUUUCCUUUCCUUUGGUUUUGUUUUGUUUUCUAACCUUGUGUCACUUUUGCUCUUUAUCCCAGUCGCAUUCUCUUUGACUGUUUCCCAUUUAUUUGCUUUGACGUUCUUUCUUUUUAUAUAUACACUGUCUGGGCAAAGUAGAACCGAUCAUUGAAAUAACAAGUCAUUGAGGAGUAUUUUGAUCAUAUUAGGACAAGGAGCAAUAGGUCAAGACUUUUUUGUAGGAUACAAAACCUUCUGUGGUGGCCUUAUCUAGCAUUACAUGUAGUUCUAAGUUAGACUGUCUAUCCUGGAGACCUUAUAUGUAGAGUGUCAUUUUCAUUCUGAUGUGGAUUAACCACAAACAGGCUUUAUGGCCAAUUAAAAGAAUUCUCCUCCAAAGAGGGGCCCAAUGAACUAGAAUAUCGGGAAGCUGUAGGAGAUACAGUCCAUUCACACAAGCUGUCUCCUAUCCAUCAUGCUUUUUUUAUAUUCUCCUAAAUGUGCUUAUUGAAAUCUCCCAUCUGGAAAGGUCACGGUUCCAUUUUAGAAGGCAGGGUAUUAAUAAUUGACGGGCAAGUUCUGCCUCUCGUUGUGUCAGAGCAGCUUGCAUUUAAGUACCGCUCGCUUGAAUAGGGCCACUACGGACAAUUCUGUGAUUCAACAGUAUGGAUUAUGCAUGCCGCAGCCUUUCCAGCAGCGAUAUAAACUUUCUGAAGGUCAGUAGUGUCAGACAUAUUGGCUAUGAAUAUUUGGCUGUGAGCGUGUUUGCCGCAUACAGAUUACAGCGUGUAUAUGUAUUAUGGGACAUACUGUAUUAAUGCAAGGGUUUGACCAGACAGUGUAUAUACCAGAGUUAUUAUUAUUAUUACUUUUUUUUUUUCUUUUUGGACUUUGCUGUUUGAUCGCAGCGUGAUACUUUGGACUGGAUUAUUUUGGUUUAUUUAGUAUAGCGUAUCGCAGAUUUAUUCGGGGGGUGAUUUUUUUUCUCCCUUUCUCAGAAAUGGUUCUCCUCUAGUACCUAAAAAGUCUUUCUUUAGAAAGGGCUGCUACGAAAAAAAAACAUGGCAGCCCCCUGGCGUGAACACUUGUUGUGAUGGUGGGGACGGGCACUUCCAGAGGGUAUAUCUGCAAAGUAAGGACCUCCCCCCCCAAACUGUGAAAGAAGCUUACCUGCCAAACAAGUGAACUGACUGUAUUGUUGUAUCAACUUCUUCUCCGGACUUAAUGGACCGAUGGGAAAAAAAACAGUAGCUUGAAUCUUAUUUUGUAGUACAAACUAAAGCUUCCUAGGAAAGCUGUGUUAGCAAUACAUUCUCUCUGGCCGUGGGCCAUGGGAGAAUCCUGUAGCACUGUUUAUCACCCCAGUGAUCCCCCCCCCAAACCCAUGUGAGAGAUGAGCGGUUGCUGCUGCUGAAUGUCUCAUUGUAUAUUAGGUUUUUUUAGUCUUUCUUUUACUUAAUAACAUUACUAGGUGCAUAAAGACCUCAGGAAGAGAUCACCUAUCACCCUGACGUCAGGCGCCAUUUCACCGUUAGCGCAUGUCAACCCUCCUCAGGUUAGUAUGGCGCCCCACACUGAGGAACGAAGCCACGUAAUGGUCACCGCAUGUCACCUUCCUUAUGAAAGCACAAUGUCAGUCAAUCCUGCUGAUGAUACAAACGCGUUAGCCAAUAGCCGAUGACUCACCCCAUGCAGAAUGGAACCUAAUACGAAGUAUUGAUAGAGGACAUAGUGUCACUUUAUUCUGUACAAAAUGCUGUUUUCUAUAUUAAAAAUAAACCCUGUUUUUUUCACAA